UUGUAUAUGUAAAUGAAAUUAGUUUCUAAAAAUAUUUUUCAAAAAAUCACCUCCAUAUUAUAGAAGGGAUUAAAUUCAAAGACUUGCAUAAAAAUGUUUAAAAAUUAUAUCAACGGAAUUAACGGAACGAAGGUGUGUUGAUAUUUAAUUUCAUUUAAUUUUCCGCUAUUUCGACACUACUACCAUUUCAGUAGAGCCAGGUGGAAUGUGGAAACGUACAGCAACCUCAACCACAGCGCCCGCUACACCAUUUGUUGGCUUGGGGGGAGUUGAUGUGAGUGCCACACAGCCAAAUGCAGCGGAUCUAAAGCAAUAUAGUGUAAAGGUUAAAGAAACACUUGUACCCGAUGAGAUCGCCAAAACAGUAGACGCACUUAAAUCUCAUGUGAGGGCGCAAAAAACACUUUCUUCCGAUAUUGCGGGCACAUUAACAUCAAAUCUUCUCAAUGUAUCCCACGGAAUAAACCACAUUCAAUGGGCAUUGCAGGAAAUUUCUAAUUCAGUAGAUACAAAUUACAGACAAAUAAAGUUACUGCGGAAGGAGACUGCGAAAACUAUACAGGCGGUGGAGAUAGCUCAACGCACACAAAAAAAUACAUCGGCUGGCCAUCAGCUUGAGAAUAUGGCAGCUUUUCAAUUUUUCCAGAGUAUGGUCACUAAGAAUGAGCAAGAUUUGAUUAACUUCCGACAGCAAAUAUCACUCACUGAGCAUCAUAUGCGUGCGGUAGUCAACCCACAAACAGUAUCGCCCGAUGAUUUAAAGCGUGGUUUUCGUCAAAUCCACGAGAGUUUCGUUUCACUCGCUGGAUGUUUGCAUGAACUGCAUCAAAAAGUAGAAACUCAAAAGGAACAAUUUCUCAACUUGCGAAAGUAUCGUUUGCGUGAUACCACAAAUGUGUUUGCUAAGAUCGACAAUCCGGAGAGCAAAUUUGAUUCCAUGGAUAUCAACUGUGGGCCAACACCAUUCUCCGAUAUGUCAGCGUUGAGUGCAUUUGGAAAGAGUUUUGGUAAGACCUCUGCUGGCGCGGCGGAUGCAAGCGGGAAAGCUGCGGCAGCGGACGUAGUCGGUUUAGAUAGUUUAAUAAAAAAUUAGUGUUUUUUGGCAUUGAAAGUUAUUUUUUAAUGCAAUAAUUUCGAAAUAAAAAAUUGUGAAUCUUAUUAUAUUUAUGCAUAUAAAAGUGUUUUUGUUUUUGUUUGUUUUUUGUUUUUAGGUUAUAUGUAUAUUUAUUGGUAUAUGUAUCAAGACUAAAUGUAAUUAAAUAUUAUAAGGGAGGGCCUACAAUCUGCCAAUGCAAAAGCAAUAUGUAGCACAAUCUCAACGCAAUAGUGUGAACGGCAUUUAUCAUUUCUUAAAGGAUAAUGAAAUGGAGGAGAAAAUACCUUUUCCAUGUUUUUGGUUCAAAGUCUAAAUUGGACGAUAUUUGGCUGAAUCACUUAAGUUUUUCUUUAACCUAUUUCCCAAAAAUAAUUUUAAGCUAGCAUCAAAAAUCUUUUUCAAAUUUUGAUUGAUAAUUUUAUUUGG